AUGUGUCAAGCCGCCUUUGCGAAGAAGUUUGACAAGGCGGAUGGUCCAGAGGGUUCGUUAGAGCUCUUGCGAUCUCUGGAAGGGAGUGCUCUUCGCUUUUUACCACAGAGCCUGUUUCCAUUUCUCGGAUCUACUGGUCUCGGCAUCAAGUUACCAGGAUUCAUAGGUGAUGCUUAUCGCUGUCACCAGAUCUGGGAACAACAAUCAAGAAAAAUGGUAGAUCACUUCCUGGAGAAGUCAUCUGCAGACGAUAAGUAUUUACUUUCUCCCGUCGCUACCGGUAUCGAUACGUUUCUUGAUCGUCGACUAAGCCAUGAAGAACUCAUAGAAGAGGCGAUGGGCUACAUGUUUGCUGGCAGCGGCACCACCUCAUCAACGCUGACCUACCUUUUGUAUGCGAUUUCGCUUCCUGAGAAUCUUGAUAUCCAAGAGCGAUUAAGAGAGGCUGUCCAAAAACUCCCUGCAGACGACGUAACCACCAUACGACAAGACCCGUAUUACCGACUGCCCGCAGGAACAAUUGUUGGCAUGCAAAAUUGGAUGCACCACCGAGACCCUGUCGUCUUUCCAAACCCCGACCAGUUUUUGCCCGACCGCUGGCUUGUGCCUAACGCUAGUUCUCAUGCGAUGGAAAGUUCUCUGACCCCGUUUAGCAUUGGCCGUCGUAAUUGUAUCGGACAGAAUCUAGCAUGGGAGGAGCUUUACAUCGCAGUAGGUGCGAUCAUGCGUGCAGGUCUGAAGCUGUGUUUGGGACCUGAGAUGCAACCGUGGGAAAUGGAGAUUGUGGAUCGAUUCAAUAUCGCCCCCAAAGGACAAAGAUUGAUGCUCCAUGUAACUAGAGACUAA